AGAAAGGGCGUCGUUUUUAAAGCACGUCGUUUUUUUCGAACAACGGCUGUGUUGUUGUCUUGGUACUGAAAAUACAAGCAGUAACUAGCCAACUGUUUCAGUUCAAUAAUUGUGUUGCAAAAUAGACAUGACUAACGUUACGCAUUUAUACUAAGAAGCUCACACUGUACAGGAAAUGGAAAGGUUGGAUUUCUCAGAAGAUGAAAUACAACACCAAUUGGAGGCACUUGGUUACAACAACAUACCAAGACACAGACUACACGAAUUCAAAAGAGAUCUAGAUGAACUGAUCCGACAUGAAAAAUCUAAGAGCCACUCAUCCAGUGAAUUGAACUCUACAAGAUCUCAAAGCACCAUCUUCAAAAGUCCUCCUGCAGUCACCAAGGUUAAAGUACAUCAGGAUAACACCGCAGCCUUCAGAAAUGUGUUUGCGCAGGCUGGUCCAUCACACCAUGAAAGACGGGUGCUAACCUCCACAUACAGCAGAGAUAACAGUAACUAUGAUGCCAGACAGGAGUAUGACUCCUACACUCAGCACUCUGUUGCCCCCAAGUACCAGCGCCCCUCAACAGCCCCUAAUAGGCUGGAAGUGGAUCCAGACCUAACUGACCUCCAGCAGUUAUCGUUCGCUGCCAGUCAGUCGUCUACACCAGACCGAGACACAGGAGCGCAUGGGAGACCCUUUAUCAAGAGGAAAGUCCUUAGGAAACAUCAAGGCCAAGUUCACGUCUGCGAUGAAUCAACACAUAGUGAAGAUUCAGGUGCAGUGAGUGGGCUGGGGGAGCGUCUGGGAGGGAUUCAUGUGUCCAUGUCCACCCACCAGGAGUCGGAGCUGGAGAGUGAGGAUGCAGGCAGUCUGAGUGACAGGUCUGAAUCAGACUGUCUCCCAAGUGCCUUCAAAGCUUACAUCAGAGGCAUGGCCAGAUCUCAGAGCGAGAGUGACAUCAGACCCCGGCCCAAGUCGUUUAUCCGCCCAGUGAUGGAUCACCCUCACACCAGAAGCCUGAAGAAGACAGACCCAGUGGCAAAGUAUUUCCAGUACAAGCAGGACUGGGAAAUGUUCAAGGCGCCAGGAGAGAAGGAUAGGAAAGCACUGCACUGGGAAAUCAGGGAACAGCUUGCGUACCAACCUCUACCACCAAAGCCUCGAAGAGUAUUUGUGCCCAACACCUACGUGGUGCCUACAGAGAAGAAACGCUCCGCCCUGAGAUGGGAAAUACGACAUGACUUGGCCAAUGGACUCCUACCGCCAAACAACUAUCGACUCUAGGGCUUAUGUACUUUACGCCUUAAAUAGGCUCUCUUUUAAUCACCAGUUUGCAUAUAUUUUAUCAUUGACAUUCAUUUAAUUCACAAGUUUUUAUUGAACAUAUUAAAAGGCAUGACAAACAUUUGUACCAUUGAAUAUGUUACACAACGGUAUUCCUUCACCCAGUGCCUUCAAGGCAGGUCAGUGUAGGGGAGUUUGAAGGGGUACAGCGGUGUGAAGCGUUCGUUGUGCCAAAGCAGCUUGUUUUCCAGAAACUUCACUGCUUCCAGGGUGAGGACCAAGACCUCGUGUUUUAGCAUGCUAUGAACGUUCAGGCCUGUAGAAGAAAAGUCAUCAGGAAACAUUUUAACUUUACAUUAAUUAAUUUGCCCUCGCCUGUGUAGUAACAGUAAAUACAGUUUGCAUGGUACUAUGUAACAAUGUUGACCUGCAUAGGUCAAUUAUACACUGUGUACAAAACAUUAAGAACACUUUAAUAGAGUUACGCGUGUGCCCCCCCCCCCCCCAAUUUUUCUAAAUCAGUGUCAACUUACCUAUGGCUGGAAUGACAUUCACAGUCUUCAAACUCUCAGUGGCCUGAAGGAUGUUCUCAGGAAGCUCUUCGCCCCUGUAAAAUAUCGAAGACUCAAAUCUUCAGCUAGGAUGUCCACAGAACUGAGUUUUUUUGUUUGUUCACUGUUGAUACUUACGCAUCCACUAUCAAAACAGACUCCCCCCAGUGUCGGUAUCUGAUGAGGUCCAUGAGGUACUGUGGGUCAGGUGUGGGGAUGUUUAGAGUGUCAACCACAUGGAGAUAAUCCUGAAAAACACCCAACAUCAAUACAGUAGGAAUGUAGAUGGCAUAAUUGAAAAGCAUUCAUUACAAGAGAGGACGUUUUUAAAAUGCGAAUGUACUUGUGAAAAGUGUUUUCACAAAUAUAAUGGUACAUACCUGGGCCAGUUUGGAGCUGAGGGCAAUUUUUAGUCCUUGAACACGUACUUUCAUGGGCAACAUGUAGUAAAAACUAGUUGGUCCUCUGGGUCCAUGAGAAACACCACCUGCAAAACAGAGAUUAUGUCAUUCUAAUUGUUUUAAAUCUCUCCAAUCACUUUGGCUCUUAGCUGGGACUGUUCCUUCUUUUGGGCUGACUGAUAUUUAGAUGACAGAUUUGUCUAUGUUCAUUCUUGGAACUGGCAUCUGAAAAUGUAAUGUUUGCUUUGUCACUGUGCGUUGAACUGCUGUCCUCCACUUAUCACAAUACUACAGACUUGGCCCAUACAGACGGAGACCCUCACCUCCUCUCCAUAUAGGCGACCUAAUGCUUCCAUGUCGUGCUUUGCCACUUCCCUUCUGUCUCCAGGGUUUCCUUCCUCCACCGCUCACCUCCGAUCUGACCUUAGUGUGGGCAUGGCUCUAAGGGAGACUUUCAGUUAUUAUAGUAGGAGCUCUAUUCAUAAGUACAGAGUAGAGGUCGGCGAUUAAUCAGAAUGGCCGAUUAAUUAGGGCCGAUUUCAACUUUUCAUAACAAUCGGAAAUCUGUAUUUUUGGGCGCCGAUUUGCCGAAUUCUUUUUCCUUCCAUAUACCUUUAUUUAACUAGGCAAGUCGGUUAAGAACACAUUCUUAUUUUCAAUGACGGCCUAGGAACGGUGGGUUAACUGCCUUGUUCAGGGGCAGAACGACAGAUUUUCACCUCGUCCGCUCGGGGAUCCAAUCUUGCAACCUUACAGUUAACUAGUUGUUAGAGGAAAUUGUGGUUGAGAUGAUUAAUUAUGUAUACAUUAUUGAUUAGAACCAUUUAUUCUAAUACUAUUAUGUUAUGGUAUGAAAAGUAAAAGUUAUUGGUUAAGCUGUUACUGAAAAUGUAAGCAGAACGAAUUAAUUGUCUGUGCCUCUUGGAUGGUUAAAGGGGGAGCGAUGCUAUGGCUUUUCAGACAGAUAAGAAAUGUCUGGGAGAUGUUCCAGACCUAAUAAACAAUGGGCUCUUGUGAGAAUCGGAGAGAGGGCGGGAAACUGAUGAUGUCAUGUUCAGUUUAUAACCUGUGGAAAAAUGUGUAUGCUUCAGUACUCUCUGGAAUUAAACGCUCUUACCUGGCUUUUAA